AUGGAGAAGAAAACAAUGUUGCAAGAUAUAGAUGCUAUGAUGGAAAAGAAAAAGAGUAUUCCUUUUAAUCCUCAAGUUCAUUUCACUUUGAAUAUACUUUUAGCGCAAGUUGCCCCACAUUUCUACACCAAUCAAGAGUUAUCACAAAUAGAAGAACUAUAUCAAAAUGUUUGUCAAGAAACAAAGUCACCUCUUAUUUCACAAAACACGAUGAAAAAAGAGAAAGAGAAUAAUAAUAAGAAGAGGCGUUGUCCAACUAAUGAAGGUUGCAUGUCUUAUAGUGAAAGAAGAGUGAAACCAAAGAUCAUAGAGAAUAAAGAAUCAUCACAACCACCAAAAUUGCCUAUUCAUGUCAAGGACAAGAUUACAAAGUUGAAUGGCACUAAUGUAAGCUAUCCAAAAAAGAAAUAA